AUGAAUCAAAACCUCUGCAUCCUCAUUUUGAUGUUUCUCCUCCUAACAGAAGCCUCAUUUGCUCUGGGCUUUUACUACCAAAACUGCAGUGUGCCCAUAAGUUGUGGCCGCCUAAACAUUAGCUAUCCAUUCUACAUCCAAGGCAAGCAAGAAUCCUUCUGUGGCUACCCUGGCUUCCAGCUCUCUUGCCAUGGAGAUGGUGAAGACGCCUACCCACUUCUCCAAUUGUCUGGUAACAAUUACACCAUCCACAACAUCGAUUACCAAAGAAAGUCUCUUCUUGUCUCAAAUUCUCUGCUUUCAGGCUACUUAGAAAGCACUGCUUGUAACAAUGAUAUUUCAUCACUCCAUAACUUAACCCUUCCGAAUGAUCAGUUCGAGUUGGCUUCAAACCAAGCUGACUUUUUUUUGCUCUACAAUUGCAACUCUUCUGUGGUUGAGUCAUGUCCAAAGUACAAAGUUGGUUGCUUUGAUCAGGCAACUAACAAAACCAGAAGUAAUACUUCAGUUCUGGCUCUGCCUCGGGAUGAAUAUCCAAAAUUUGGAAGUCACAAGUGUGGAGAAGAAGUGGUGGUGGCUCAUGCUAGAGGACGGUAUGAGAAUGGUGAGGUGGGAUUAAUACAAAAGGUUUUGAGCAGAGGGUUUGAGCUGAAUUGGUUUGCUAGUGACUGCAGCCGCUGCCAAGACAGUGGAGGGAG